UCAGCUGGUGGUCGAAAGAGGUGUUGUGUUGUACUCCCUCCUGGAACUACUUUAUUGUGGCCUCUGUGUUCUAUUAAAAAUAGUAAUUACGGAUAACACUAACCUAUCGCCGAGUUCGGAAGGGAUCACUACUAAAGAGAUGCACUUGCGGCAGUGGCGAUGACUUGUCGAUGACGUGUGGAUGGCGUGGCAAUGACGCUCUUGAGGUAACCGUGACGUCAGCGGUGAAGUAAACAAUGACGCAGUGAGGAAGUGUGCGUACCUCUGAGACGUAUGGAUGAGGCAAUACAACCCGCAGCGGUGAUGACGCAGUGAGUUGUUAGGGCAGUGAGGUGGUGGUGGCGGUGAUGUGGUGGUAACGCCCAGGAAUCACAGCUCUUGGACCCCCCACCCUGUUGCUGCUGGUCCACGGGGAUGGCUCAACCCGCGGUCACCAUGAUGGAACAACUAUAGUGCAGGGUUGACGAUGUCGUGGCUGGGCGGCGACGACCCCGGGGGCGGCUUUGGCUACGACUACCCGUGGUGGGCGGCCGAGGAGGGGGUGGGCAGCCGUACUAACCGUACCUGGGAGGAGAGGUGUCGAACCCUCGACUAUGAUUAUCACGUUGUCACCGCUGUCAUCUGCGGCAUGUUCCUCGUCUUCGGUGUCGUCUACAGCCUCUUUGGUUACCGGUGCUUUAAGGCUGUGAUGUUUCUGACCGGGUUCAUCUUCGCCUCUGUGGUGGUGUAUUUAAUCUGCCUGAGUGAGGACUUGCUGCCUCUGGUGGGUAACGCAGGCGUGGCCCUGGGGGCAGGUGUCAUGUUCGGACUCAUCACCAUGCUGGUCCAAUAUGUGGGUCUUUUCAUGACAGGAUUACACACUGGGCUUUUUCUUGGAGUGGCUGGCAUUGCUAUAGCCUAUAACUGGUGGGUGCCUAGUAGUGUAUGGCCUGUGGUGGGUAUCCUUCUGGCAGCAGGAUUGCUACUGGCCAUCAUGACGCUGUAUUUCCAGAAAGGGCUGACCAUCCUGGGUACAGCUAUUAGCGGAGGAGCCAUAAUGUCCGCCACUCUUGACUACUUUAUUGAGAAGUUCUUAAUGGUUCACUGGUUUGAGGAUCGGCUGAAGGCAGUGGACAGUGAACGUCCGUGUUGGUUUUCAUGGAUGAUACUGGGGGUUUGGCCUUUUAUGGUGGUGGUGGGUAGCCUUACACAAUGGAGGAUCACAGGGAGAGGCAUCUAUCACCAACAGUUGGUGCCCUCCAAAAAAUCUCGAAGUGUGAACCUCCAGCGAAUGAGGAGUCGAGAGGCCAGGGCUGAGAUGCGGCAGAAGAAAUACCGGUAUUUGUAUCAAGUUCGUACUGCUCACGGGGACAUCAUCAGCCAGGAGUAUAUUCAGAGUCUUCAGCGCAAGGCAUACCCAACUGGUGACAAUGGAACACUUCAGUCAGAUUCUACUCACACCACCAUGCUGCCUCCAGAACAGACUCAGUUGGCUCCACUUACCGAGAGUGAAGAUGAAAUGGGAGGCUCUCUGCCACCGCCAACCCCACCUGAACCCCCGAGACUUACACGGGUCACUAUGCAUUAGCCCUCAAUCUGAAAAUAUGUAUUUAAAUUUUUAAGACAAAGAAAAAACUUCCAGUCAACAAUAUAACUAAAAUUCAAGGUUUUAGUCAAGAUUUAGUGACAAAUGUUCCUCACUAUAUGUACAGAAUAUAAGCCAUGAUACUUUCUACAUACAUUAAAGCAUGUAUAUCUGUUCAGAGAAAAUACUAAUAAACAAUUGUAUAAUCCUGAACUUUAAUUGUGAUACUAUAUAGCAAGUGUGUGUGUAUUCCAGUUUCCAGAGUAGUUCUGUCUUUCCCUGCCUACUUGGAACAGGGCUCGGCUGUAGUUUGCAGGCAACGUGUGUCACAUGUUGUAAGACUUCAGUAUGGCUUGAAGUCUUUCAACAUAUAUUGAUCUUGAAUGAAUGAGGCUAUGGCCAUUAUUUCAAGCUCUCUCCAAUAUAAAAGAUUUGAAUUUCUCAGUACAGUGGUCAUGAAUUGUGUAUUUUAAUAUUUUUUCUUAUUGAAGCUAGUCUUGUAAUUUGAGAGUUGUCAUAUGAUAUGCAGAUAUUUGUAGGGCUUGUUGAUUUUCUCAUUAAAAGUUAUGACUGAUAAGUACUGUACUGGUAAUAUUUUUUAUCUUGGAAAAUCAACUACUGGAAAUAAUAAUUAUCCUUGUAACACAGGAUUUUUUUUAAAUAUUGGUUAUUGGGUGAAAUUGUUAAGUAAAGCAUCAGUGCUUGGUAAUAGUAGUUACUCAGUGCAUGUCUAGUGAAAAAAUGCAUGUUCAAGUUUGAAGCAUUCGAAGCUGAAUUUACAGUGCUCCAUGAACAUUUAUUUCAGUUGUGAAAUUAGACCUGUGUCUAUUGCUCCUGCAAAGAAUGACUGAAGUUACUUGCCCUUUCUUAAAAACUAGCUCAAAUGCUAUCAGUGCUGAUUCCAAGAAGCUCAAAUAGCAGGGAGAAUAAUGUUGCACAGCACAAUUAUGCCACAUGUCUUUCUGUAAUAUGUAACUGGAAUGUUGUUAAUUGCAUUGUAAGAGAUUUUACUUUGCCAUAUUUUUGACAACAGGCAUUACUCAAGGCUUUAAGCUACCAGUAUAAUUUUCUCCCAAGCAUGCCUGUAUUUCCAUUGAUAUGUGAUUUAAAGGGGAAGUCUUAUAGUAUGUCCUCCCUUUCAAGCAGGUACUGGGAAUAUUAUAGUCAUUUAUAUUACAUUUUCAUAUUUAUACUAGCUUUGUGUAUAUUUAAAAAAAAAAGAACUUUUCCAGACAUUACUUCUCAUUAAUUUUCAUUUAUUUAUAAAAACAAUAGCUGUCUAUCACUGCCUGUGAACUAGGUUCAUCUCAUCAUGUAUUUGUUUUGUCUCCCAUUUUUAAUUACUAACUACUUCGUAUUUUGGUAUCAGAUUUAUUAUUUUAGGGAUUAUGAUGAAUUGAUCUUUUAUGAUUUAAGAAACAUACUACUGGUUUAUAUGUACAGGAAAACCAGUAACAUGUUCUGCUCUGGCAACUAUUAAGUGUCUGCUGCUUUUUUGUCUGUUGUUGAAAGAGUGCAACACUUGAGGAUUGUUGUCUUGAAUUCUCCAUCCCCCACCACAUGGUUGCCAGAAUGUGUGAUGUUAAUCCUAAGGAUUGUAGUGACUAGGGCAGGAAUCUUCAGACCCUAUUGGGUAGUUGGUCAUUGUAGUGAUAAUCUAUUGUAUAUGUGCAUUGAUGUGAGUGCUGCUGCGGUUAUGUUCAUUUUCAGUACUACUUGCAGCCAGCGAGUUGCCUGAUGAUUGGUUUGAUAAGCUGUAAUUCUGUAAAAUCCUAAGCAGUGCUUAUUUCCCUAUUAGUAAAAUAGAGAUGGUAAGCUUGUAAUAAUUUAAAAACAUAUUUUUGGUAAAUUCUUUUAAGUUAAAAGUGAAUUUUUUUUGACAAAGCAGUAUGCUGAGGUUUCAUGGACAAAAAAGUUUGCUAUAAAGCAAUUUGCUUUUAAGCUUAUUUUUCUUCAAAAAGAAAUUUUUAAUGAAAUUAAAUUUCACCCAGAUAAAAUAAAGAUUGCUGCAGACAUACUUCUCAAAGAAGAAUGUAAUCAGCAUCAAAGUCUUAAUUCUUCCUGUCAACAUCAAUUGAUAUGUGAUAAUCUAUCAAGUAAAUUAAGAGGCUCUCUCAAUCUUCCUUGCAUACAAUUCAUGAAUAGCUUGCACCUCUUUUCUCUACUAUAUGAAGAGAUGCUAAUUCAGAAUAUGUCUUUGCUGCCAUGUCCAAAACCUUUGUUAUUUGCCAGGGUAUAUUUAACUAUACCUUUUAACAUAUUUUGCAGUUUUAAAAAAUGAAUGAAUUAAGAGAAAAGGAAUUAUUUCAAGAAGUAGGUUUCACAAUGGCAACCAUUUUAUUGCAUGUCAUUAUAUAAAAAAAUAAAAAUUUAAAGUCUUACAUCCCUUAUUUAGUCGUUCCAUCCAAAAUAUUGAAUUGGCAUCUCUUUACUGCACAAAAUAUUGUGAUAUGUAAAUGAUAAUGCAAGCAUGCUUAACAGUAAUUAAAGAAAACACAUGAUAUAUUGGGUCUGUCAUGACUAAAUGGUAUUUUCUUCUUUUCUGAUAACAUUUUUAUUGCUUUUUCAGCAGGUAGUGCACCAAUGAUAUUUGUGUUGUAACUUUUGGAUUACUCCACUGUCAGGGCACAGGAAUGCAAAACUGUAUGGUCUUCACUGUUAACCGUGUGACAGAUUUUGACCUCUAUAUACUUGUUUUGCCAAUACAGUAGUUUUAAAAUACGUACUUUUUUUUUUUUUGCCCAAUUUUAUAUUUCAUAUUUUCCCAUUUAAUUGUCUCCUUUCAUAAACUCAUUUUGAGCAGAGAUCAUAAAACUUUUUGGAGCAUUUAUUUUCUUAACACUUUAAUGAGGAGAUGCAUUUUUUUUUUAUCUCGAUUGUAAGGCAAAUACAAAAUGCUUGAAUAUAUUUUCAUAACUUGGAUAAUUUUAAUUGAGUAGCUUUUUCUUUGGAUAAAAAUAAUAUACAAAUCUGAUCAACCAUGGACAUGCAUUAAAUUUUGUAUUCUUGAUGAAAUAGGAGUGCAAGUAUAUAAAUAAGUAUGAAUGAUUAAAUUAUAACUGUUAUAUUCAAGAGGAAGCCUUUAAACUCAUAAGGAUCAUAUAUAACACCUAGGAAAUGGGAGGUAAAUCAGGCAUGAUCUGAGGAAAAAGUUAGCUCCAGUUUCUUGGGUCAAGCCUUCAGCAACAAGGCAACUAUUACAGUUUUCUAUAGUAUUUAUUCCACUGCCAUGAGUUGUACAACAUGCACAGAUAGUGCAGUUGUGUAGUUAAUUUCACUUUUUGUUUAAUGACUGCUCCUAGUAAAACCAAAGAUCAGUCCUUUCUCCUUACCAAUAGUUUAGAUCAAUCAUUUUUUAGUAAUCAUGUAUGUUAUUAAGUUGUUUAAAAUAGAUUAUACUUUUUUAUUGGAUGUUUUUUUUUUUUAAGUGAUAUAAACAUAUCCUAAUGAUUUCCAAUGAUGUCUUGUAAAAAUGAAAUCAUGGUACAGAACUUAUGCACGCAUACUCAACAAAAGUAUUACUGAAACUUGUGCAUCAUCGGCUUGUGUUCUGCAUCUACCCUAAUAAGUUAAGUGCUGGUAAACUUGAUGACUGACAGAAAAAUCUCAUAGAUUUUGAACUAAAUGAAGGUAGUAACAAUAAUCAUAAUAUUGUGCAUAUAAAGCUCCUGUGUUUCAUUAGCAUUAUUUAUAAUAGUUCACAUUUGGUAAUAUUUACCACCAAUGAGUAUGGUAGUUUUAAGUGUUUGCUAAACACUAAGAUUUUCAAGACUUUUUUUUUUUUUGUAGAUAAUACAAUUUAUAUAUAUUAUAUUUACCAUGAAAAUGUUUUUGUUUACAUUUGUUCUGAUCCAUAUAUGUUACCAGAAUCAGUUGCAGAUUAUAAAAAAAAAAGUGUUGAUGCAGCAAUGAGAAUGUAGUUGUUAAAUUUAUAAGUUCUUUCUUCAUAUGUAUUCUAUUUAGUUGGUAUCUUUGGAAUGGGAGUUGGAAUAUUUUUAUUCAAUGAAAUGUAUUGGAUCUGACUUGUAUAUAAUGUUACCCUGCUCACUGGAAGAGGCAUUGGAUCACCUGAAGGUUCACCACCCAGAAAAAACAGUGAAAUAUAGUUAUAGUCAUUUUAUAUAAGCUAAUUAUUUUAUUUAGUGCCAAUACUAAUCUAACCUCACUAUGCUAAAAAAUUAUGUAAUUGCAUAAAAUAAGUUUACUAAUCUAAACACUUGCAUAAGUAUGUUUCAUUGCUUUCAUCGGUGUGGCAAAUCUUUAAAUGACCUGAAGUUUUAUUAUACUCACAAAAUACCAAACUCAUCUGGUCAGAAAAGGUAAACUUGUUUAUGUUAAGCAAAAUGGAUCGUGUCCUCGAUACCUGUGUACACCGUUAAACGGUAACCUUAUUUCACAUCUUGAACAGUGACAUCUGUGCCUGCCAGACACACUUAAUCUGAAAUUGUCAAAAAGCAGGAAGUGUCUCUAUUACUAUUUCUUCAAAGCUCAAAGUCAAACUCUGAAUGCUUGAAUAGAUUUGUUUUGUAAAUUAGGUAUGAGAGGUUCCUUAACAAGUAAAUAUGAAAUGCUCUAUUGUCCAACAAAUCUGUCUACCUUGGAUGCUAUUGUGACAAUUUUUAUGAAAAGAAAUUACAGUCACCUCCCAUUUUGAUACGUAUAUUGUGAAAAAAAUAGACAAGACUUUUGGUAUUGCUUGAUCUUGGCAUCAGCUUCAUUAAGGAUAGUUUUCCUUAUGAUGCUCAAAUACAUCUUCUGCCUCUUGCCUCCAGUUAAAACAUUAUACAGUAGGUGUCUGUAAUAUUUGAUGUGGCUCUUGUACUUCAUGUGUAUGACAAACUUGUAUAUCAUUUUCUUCUAAGACAGUUGUAGGCUAGAGUUCUACUAGAAACUGCCCCUGAUUUUACAACACCUGCUGGAUAAUGGCUCCUCUCUCAUGAUGCUCUUUCGUCACUGUAAAUAUUAGCCAUCACUCAGAUUGUUUUUCUGAUGUCACUAGGUAUGAGUGAGAAGUUUAUAUAAGGGAACACAGUUUUAUAUAACUUGAGAAAGUGUAUGUACAUUAUGUAAUCAUUUCUUACAAGCUGAUACAUGCAAUUCUUCAGAAGCAGGUAUUUGUACUGUACUGCAUCAUGUGCUCUUUAAAUAAAUAACAAUGUUUUGA